AUGGGCCAUGGCAAGCGGCCAAGGGACCUGGAUGAGGCAAUGCCUCCCCCGAGGCCCAAACAGUCUAAGAUUGAUUCUUUCCUUCUUAACUGUAGCAGAAAUAACAAGGAAGAUAGCUACACGGUUGAAACUCACAAUCGUUUUAAUCCUUUAAUUGACCUCGUACCCGAUAUAGAAGUGGAGGGGGUGAACUCGAAGGCAACGAAAAUGCUAAUGAUAAUGACAAAGAA